AAAAUUAAAAAUUUAAAAUUUAAAAGAAGCAUAUUAUUGAAACGACAUGAAGUGAACAGACCCCCCCGGCGUGUCGCCACGCAGUGGUACAGUCCGUCGACGUCCUGCGCGGGAGCGGAAAACGUGCGUCCGACUGUGCGGAAAAGGAGCGAGCGUCUUUCUCCUGUUGGCUGAUCCCACCUCCAGUAUGGCUCUGGACUGGAAACCCGGCGACCUGAUCUUCGCCAAGAUGAAGGGCUACCCGCACUGGCCCGCACGAAUCGACGAAGUCCCAGACGGUGCUGUGAAGCCAUCCAACAUCAAGCUUCCCAUCUUCUUCUUUGGCACGCAUGAGACAGCCUUCCUCGGCCCGAAAGACAUCUUUCCCUACCUGCUGAACAAAGACAAGUACGCCAAGCCCAACAAGAGGAAAGGGUUCAACGAAGGAUUGUGGGAGAUUGAGAACAACCCAAAAGUUGAGCUCACCGCACCCAAGCCGGUUCCUCCAGAUUCCUACACUGGGAAGGACUCGGACAGCAGUCCAGAGGGAGAGGAGGACGCAGAUGACAAGGGGAUUAAAUCCAAAGUUCCAGGAAGUGAGGCUGAGCAGGAGAAUGAGAAUGAGGAGGAGGAGGAGGAGGAGGAGGAGGAGGAGGAGGAGAUGAUGGAGGAGAUGAUGAUGGAGGAGAAAGGGUCUCUGAUCUCUGAGCAGGGUCCUCAGAACCAGGAUGGCGCUGCUCCGAAAGAAUCCACGGAUGCUCCAAAACCCAAGAGAGGACGAAAGAAGAAGAGUGAUGCUGACUUGGAGACUGAAAAAGACGAUGCUCCCGCUAGUCCCGUCAGUCCCUCAGGUGGAGAGGUUCCCAAACGAAGAGGCAGGAAGCCCAAAAGUGAGAAGAUGCUUCUGCUCCAACAGCACGAGCAGCAAGGCUCCGGAAGCGAAAUGGACGCCGCAGAGGCCGAGAGAAAGAGAAAGAGGGCGCCAGAGGACAAGUCCAAGAGUGGAGAGGAGGAGAAGAGGAAGAAGAGGGAGGACGGCAAAGGGCAGGAUGCAGAGGUGAAGGAGCCUGAAGCCAAGAAGAAGAAGGAGGACGGCUCCUCUGUCUCUGACGAUGAGGAGAAAAAUAAAGGCAGAAAGAAACAGCAGAGCUCAGAAAUGGACAAAGAUGCGCGACGGCGGAAGGCAGACGAAGCAAGAGAGCCGAACAAAGACGAUGGGAAGAAAAAUGAAGAGAGGGCCGGAGUUAAGAAAAAAGAAAUGUCGACUGACUUGAGACUCCAGCGACUGCACGGUGAAAUCAAGAUUUCACUGAAAAUUGACAACCCUGAUGUGAAGAAGUGCUUGGAGGCGUUAGAUGAGAUCGGCGCCCUUCAGGUCACAACCCAGCACCUGCAGAAACACAGUGAACUUAUUGCCACGCUCAAAAAGAUUCGCAGGUUCAAGGCCAGUCAGGACAUAAUGGAUAAGGCCACCAUGUUGUAUAACAAGUUCAAGAGUAUGUUUCUGGUCGGAGAAGGCGACUGUGUGCUAAGCCAGGUGCUCAACAAGUCUAUAGCCGAACAACGGCAGCAUGAGGAGGCCAAGAAAGGAGCACUGAAGAGAGUUGAACAAGCCAAGGAAAACAACUCAGACAAGAUGACGAAUGGCAACGCCGGCCCCGAAGAGAAGAAGCAGGAGACGGAGAAGGCGCUGGAAGACUCCUCGGCAGGAGAAAAUCACAGUGCCCCGAAGGCGCUGGAAGAGUCCACUUAAGUGACCUGCUCGUUUGCUGCUGUCCACACUGGGCUCACCGACUGGGAUCUCUCGCCUGUCCAGUUCCUUUUGAUGACCAAUUACAAACGCUGGUUUCCAGUUCACCGGCGUUUUUUUUCGUCAGUUUUGCUGCUCAGAGGCUUCAGUACCCCUCCAACUCUGAGAUGACGACUGACCACGUUAUAGUUUAUUUUUGUACCUAACUUACAUGCAGUGUCACAUCUGUUAGACUUGAUUAAUGGUGGCAAGAGUAGGAGCUUGUAGAUCUGAUGCGCUGGAGCUUAGAACGCGUUGAGCAUGCUCACAGAGAGCAGGUUAGCACUGACCGAACCUUCCACUGAAGUAGAUGUUUUUUUGAUCGCGCACAUUGUCAUUUCUUACGCAUUUAGAUUCGGUUUUUGACGUUUACAGAAUCAACGAGUCGAUCGCAACUUCAGUUCAGGUUGUUCUGAGGUACGCAGGCUUAGCUGUGGCCACCAACAACCUGACCACAUCCGUUUUUUUAUUGGCUGCAUUAUGGUUUCAGAGUUGCAUAGUCACUCCAGAUGCGCGCACACAGAAAUUUGCCAAAGUUUCUUUUGCCAAGAAAAUGCUUUAUUAUCAACCUCGGUUCAAGUUUCUGUUUUAAAAAUGUUUUUUUUCCCCCUUUUUUGACAUACUGUAGAUGUAAAUAAGAGUAUUUUUGUGCCUGUCUGAUGACCUGUUUCUCUGUCCAAUAAUAAAAGUAGUUUAUAGUUCA